UUCGUUCCACUUUUUAGUUUCACUUUUUGCCGAAUGACACUGACCCGAAAAUAUAGACGCAUUUACGUCAAAAAAGACUUAUGAUACGAUGGAAGAAUUUCUGUAGGAUCACAACGUUGAUAUUGAAGAGUACCGGAACGUUGUGCUUGCCAGCAUUAGUGGACGGUCCGUCAUGGAAAAAAGAAUAAUGAUGGAGCUCUGGACAAAUACCUUACAUCCUUGGACUGCAUAUGUGCUAAAUUCAAACAUGGACCUUCAAUUUAUACUAGAGGAUUACUCUUGUGCAGCUUACGUUGUGGAGUAUGUAAACAAAACAAAUCGAGGAGUGAGUCAUUGCACAGGGAACUCAUAAAGUUACAAAAUAUGUAUCCAGAUCAAGACUACGUCGAUUUGUUGAAGGGUGUUAGUUUACGCCUCUUAAAUAACGUAGAGAUGAGUUCGCAGGAAGCAGCUUGGUAUCUUCUCAGGCAACCAAUGUCAGAAGCUAGUAGAGAUUCAGUCUAUGUACCUACGUGCUGGUCUCACGAACGUCAAAAAACACGCAAAACAUCUAAGCAGAUGGAAGAAAAUCUUGACGAUGAGUCCACAGAUGUAUGGUAAGACAACAUCAUACAGAAAUAUGAAAAGAGGCCCAUUGAUACUAUGUCGAGAGUAACGUCGGCUGAAUUUGCCACGGAGUACACUUCCAAAAGAAACGGAGAGUACAAUAUAGAGACGUUCCGCGCAUAUUGCGAUACAGGCAUUACGAUGUGGCCGACAUUGCAGAGUACAAGCGUGAAAUGGUGCUGUUGUACUGGCCUUUCAAUAAUGAAAUGCAGGAUGUUUUGGAUCGCAAGAAAUUUAUAGAGAUGUAUGAUCUGAAUGAAGCUCACAUACUUGCAGAAAGGCUCAAGUUUGAAUCUGACUUUGAUAUAGAAAAGGCCAUGGAAUAUUGCAAACAGCUUCGCUUGGAAAUGAACGAGCAGGCAGAGGCUAAUAUUAAACAAGAUAUCUUUCUUCAAAUGCAGAGGGAAAAACCCAACAACGACGACAUAGACAUGAUUUCUAACGGUUUGUCCGCUGUGGUUAAAACCAACUCAAAUGUGACGUCUAGCGAUGAAUAUUACACCAUGAGUAGAGAACAACUUGAAAUGUAUAGGGCUGCUUUUCACAACGUGAAGAUUGUAUUUGUGGACGAGGUGAGCAUGGAAUCAGGACGUGGAAGAUUACAAUAAUGAGGUGUUUCAAACUCUUGACACAGUAUUUUGUGUUGCGUACUUUACGUUUUCUGGGUACAAAAACAACGAUCAACUGGUUAGCAUGACGACAAAACUACAUCAAAUGUCCACCAUGGAAAGUGGAGGGUUGCCCUACGUGUUGAAAUUGCUACUAGACAAACCAUACAUGAUCACAUCCAACGUAGACAUUGACGAUGAUUUGGUGAAUGGAACGAUGGGAACUAUUAAAUACGUAGUGGGAUGAUGACGACGAAGGAAACUUCAGGGUUAAGCGUUUGUGUUUUGAUUUACAACCAAACACCGUAGGGCAAAACGCAAGAAUCAAGGUUCAACCUAAUGUGCUGUCUCAUCAAAAUGUAAUGAGGCAAAAUUGGACGCCUGUAUCUAGGCGAACUGCAACGAUUACGUUUAGAAACAGGCAACUCAAAUGCAAGCGGUUGCAAUUUCCUAUAGUUGAAGCAUGCGCUAUAGCAGUGCACAAGUCCCAGGGAGGUACUUUUAUAGAUAUAGUGUUCCAUUAUGAAAAGGGGUUGGAUCAGCAACUCGUUUAUGUAUGAUUAUCCAGAGUGACGUCUACAGACAAACAAACAAAUCACAAAUCUGACUUUACAUUCCACCACUGGAAAGGAUGCAAUUCUCUCAAGAUAAAAGACUUGAGCACAGAGCUCGCACAUUUGGAGAGGCAUAAAUUGCUCACUCUUACCAAUUCUGCAAAAGUAUUUCUUCAGCAAGCGUGCCUUGGAGGCCUCAAGAUGAAUACUCUCAAUGUGCAAACCUUGCUGAGCCACGCCAAAGACUUUUCCACAAAUCCUGUCAUCACAUCGACGGAUAUACUUGCUCUAACGGAAACGAAAAUGGAUGAUGGACAAACCGUUAAAGCAGAUGGAUACAAAUGCGUAACUCAAUUCAAGCGGCAAUCCGUUCGUGCUGGAAGAGUUGCCAUAUACGAAAAACAUUUAUCAACAACCAUGGCCACGCGCCAUCUGCUCAUGAAAUUGGACGACAGCAUGUCAAAUACUUUUUUUAAGAUAGCUGCUGCCGACAACUGCGGAGAUAUUUGUGCUGCAGAAUGUUUGGUAAAUGGACCUUUGAAACGUCGGUAAAUUUCUGCCAGACAACACGGAGGAUCAAGCUAGAAGACAGUCGUCUUCAGAAUGGAUUCCAUUGAUUCUGUUAUGUGUUGUUUGUAGAUGUUCUGGUUUUUAUUAUUGUAUUACCAAGACAAACUGGUCGAGAUAUAAAUGGUAAAUGAACA